AUGAGCUAAGAGUCAAUUUAUUUCAGAUACAACGUCCCUCAACAGACUUAUCUAAGAACCCCUUUGCAGGAUAUCACUCAUCAAUUCAACAAGAGUCAAAUUAGCGGCCAAAAUUUUGAUAAACUCUAAUAGAUUCAGCAAAACUAGCAACGUUUCUACUUCGAUUAUACCAAUCAUGGAAUGAUGGUUCAAACCGCCAAUCCCCAAUUCCAGCUAAUGAAUCAUCAGUAAACUCUGUAGAACAAAUAGCUAUAGUAAGUUACUCAAAAGAAUACUAAGGUUGAUAAAGCCAAGUAUAAGACUGAAAUGUGUAAAAACUGGAUAGAGUUCGGAUAAUGCAGAUAUGGCCACAAAUGUCAAUUUGCACAUGGCAACUUUGAGAUGAUUAACAAAGAACCCUAGAAUGAAAAGUACAAGUCUAAGCCAUGCAAAUCAUUUAGUGAGAAAGGGUAUUGCCUUUAUGGAAAGCGCUGUCUAUUUAAGCAUGAGGACAGAGCCCUGGAAGAUCUUGUAUCCCUCAAUUACGUUCAUAAAUUGCUAGAAACUGAGUCUAAACUCAAAUCAUUUUCCUCAAACUCCAAAUGUUAAAUGGCAGCAUCUAAAGAAAAAAUGAACCAAGAAGUAUUCUCUGAAGCUUACUUUGAGCAAAUUGGUUAUAGACCACGAAGACUCGCCUUAUUUGCUAACAUAACAGAGAAAGGUGAGGAUGAAAUGAGAUAAUUGGAAAUUAUAAAGAGUCAUAAGAGGAAUAUGUCACACUUUGAGAGUGAUGGCGGAGAAACCUUUGAUUCCAGUUCUCGCAAUUUUUCACUCAAAUCAUUCUCCAGCGGGGACUCAUACAGCAGCACUGAUGAUUUCAACAGUCCUAGAUAUCGCUCUGAAAGUCUGGUUCAGUAAUUAACCGAAGACUCCCCUUGUAACAUUAAUUAAAACAUUGAAAACAGCUUAAUUGCUGUGAAAUCUAUAAAUAUUUACAGAGAAUAAGAGAAUAUCUGA